GUCAAACCCUUGACUUUACCCGAGAGAGAAAUCGCAAAACACGAAACCAAAAUAUUCAAUUCACCAGAAAGAAAAACUCCCUUUAUUUCUUAUUAUUAAAGUUUUAUGUACCUUUAAUCGCGAUUAGUAAAGUGCCUCAGUAAAUCCCACAAUGAUAAAGUUAUUUUCUUUAAAGCAACAAAAAAAGGACGGUGAGGCGACACCAAGGACUGGUAACCAGAAAAAGGCCUCCGCGGCCCAGUUAAGGAUCACCAAAGACAUAAAUGAGCUAAACUUGCCCAAAACAUGCAACACAGAAUUUCCAGAUCCUGAUGACUUGCUGAACUUUAAGUUGGUAAUAUGCCCCGAUGAGGGAUUCUACAAAGGAGGAAGGUUCAUGUUCAAUUUCAAAGUAGGUCCAAAUUAUCCCCAUGAGCCACCUAAAGUUAAAUGUGAAACCCAGGUUUAUCAUCCGAAUAUUGAUCAGCAAGGAAAUGUUUGUUUAAAUAUUUUACGUGAGGAUUGGAAACCAGUAUUGACCAUAAACAGCAUUGUUUAUGGUUUGCAAUACUUAUUCUUAGAGCCAAAUGCAGAGGACCCAUUAAAUAAGGAAGCAGCUGAAGUACUGACCAGCAACAGAAGGGUAUUUGAACAAAAUGUCCAAAAAGCUAUCAGGGGUGGAAAUGUAGGAGGGAUCUAUUUUGAGAAGUGUACUAAGUGAUUUAAAUAUUGACAUUUGCAAUGUUAUAUCUAUAUAUUAUAAGACCAUGGUAUCUAAGUAAUCUUAAAAUACUUCUGGAAUAAGAGUAAAGGAAAAUCCAGUAAAGAUAUCUUUUUUUUUUGUGAUAUUUCAGAAGGUCUGGGAAUAUUAUUCUCUUAUAUAGCCAAAUGUGUGUUUUGACUUGUUUAAACAAAUGCUUUACUGGAGAGACUAAAGGACAUACUAAAAAUAUCAAUAUUAAUAACAAUUAUGUUAUGUAAUUGUUUUAUGGUAAUCAUAAUAAAUUUUUAAUAAUCA